UUUCUUUAUCCUGUUGAAGGCAGAAAUACUUCUACAGAAAGUCGCCUCUUGCUAGUUUCAGAAGAUAAAUAUAUUGAACAAUUUGACAUUCAUGUUGUUGCAGAAGAAGAACGCAAAGUGGUGAUUCAAAACUCAGGUCAAAUUCCAAGAUCCAGAGUUGCAGAUGAUCUCAUUUGGGCACAAUGGGAUAUGAUGGAACAAAGGCUUUUCUACAUUGUUCCAAAGGAAUCAAGGAGUACUUUAAAAUGUGUCCAGUUUUAUCCUGAUGAAAAUUUUAACUCAAUACUGGAAUCACACCUGGAUAUUUCUGUAAAUGACACAACAUUAAAACUUGUGAAUUUUGGAUAUGAUUACUGUAAAGACCAAGAUGUUGCGUCUAAGUCUUUGAAUCUUCAGGUUUUUACAAGUAAAGCAGGAGGCUUGUGCAUGUGCUGUAAUCUAGCGUCUGAUAUUCCUGAUGAAAUAACAUACUCCAUAUAUUUUUUACAUAAAGGUUACCACAAAACUUUUACAGUUUCUCUAGAAAGAACAGAAUCUCAUCAGUUGAAGGAAGUGGCUUUUAUGAAUCUUGACUAUUAUGUGGCUGCUUAUUUGCCUGGCCAGUUCCUGCAUCUUCUGAAUAUUCAGCAUCCUGACCUGCUGUGUCAUAGUUUAUUUCUGACAGGUGUGGGUGCAAGAAUUGACAUGUUGCAAAACUGCUCCAUCCGAUCCCCACUCACAUCAACAGUCUUGGAUUGCCAUGUAGGAAGUAUGUAUGCCAUAAGCAUCAGUGACAGCACCUUACUACAGUUCCUGCAGAACAGCAAACGAGACAGCGAGAGAUUGGCAGCUCUGCAUUGUGCUCUGUUGUACUUCCAACACACAGAAGACUUGAAAAUGCAGAUUAUUUGGUGGAUUUCUGAGAACCUGUCAACAUGUCACUCUUUUGACCCCAUUCAAGAAUUUAUUAUUGCCUCCCUGUACUGCAGAAUGUGUCCAGAAGCUCACAACCUGGAUAAACUUUUGCCCUACACGUCACUGCUUGACUGGACUGGGAUUAUCCCUCGAGUAACAUGUGCAACAGACAUUAUUUCUCUGCCUGUGUUAGAGUUCCAAAACACCAAAGGCUUCUGGGAGAAACUCAACUCAAACCUGGAGAGUGUGAAGUAUGCAGAGCCGCGCUUACAUUACCACAACAAUGUGCUCAGGAGGGAAUGGCGUAACCUUUCAGAAGAGAGAGAGGAGAGAAGAACUGCAACAUAUAUGAGGAAUAUUUUUGAAAAUGCCAAAAAGGUGCUUUCUCAUCUGGACACUUGGGACUCCGAGGAAAGGCUUGUACCUCUCUUUCAAGAGGACGAUUACCAGCAGCAAUUACUAAUGGGACUGAUGGUUGCUCAGCUGAAAGAUCACCUCACGAGACAUCUACAGUAUGCAGGAAAAAAGAAGAUUGACCAAAUAGUUUUGGAUUAUGUUGCAAACCUGCUGAAUCUGGUACAUCGAAUAAUGAAAGAAGUCUGGAGGAGAUACCAGCUUCAUUCCUGCAUCUUCUGCUUUGAUGAGAGAGGAAGCACAGGAGAGUUUGCAGUGUUCAACAUCAUGAGUCACAUUCUGGAAGCUGCAAAUGGGAUGUGCAUGCCUUUACCUCCUGGUUUUCACACUCUGCAUUUGGGGCUUGGUAUUCGAUGUCUCCCUGUGCACACCCUCCUGCACUAUAUUGAUAAUGGAGUCUUGCACUUGACAGAAACCUGUGUCAGGAAAUUGCUGAAAGAUCUGGAUGAUACUGAGGAGAAUGAAAAGCUGAAGCUCAGUAUUGUCAUGAGGCUUCCUGAGGCCCUUGGUCAAAAGGCCCGUCAGUUUUGGAAUCAUCCGAUAAAUGCUAAUUUCGUUGCACGGAAAUAUGUGAAACUUUUGCUCGAGAAGCUGGGGAACAGGCAGUGUAACAGGCCUAUCCCCGAGAGACUCUCAGUCCAUGUGGAGUUUUUGCCACUGAACUAUCUGACUCACAUGCUGGCAGAGAUAGAGAAUGAAGGUGUGCAUCCAUACGAAGACCAAGAUCGUGUUAAUGUAAGAUUUGUAGAGGAAACAGCACUCAAACACACUAUGACACUUUUGGGCCUCAAAUAUUCCUGA